GUAUCUUUUACAGUUACACAGCCAGGGUGAAUUUGUUUUGAAAUGUUGUAAGCUCUGACAAGGAGUUGGCUGUAUUUUGUCCUCCGAAAACAUCCACAGGUUUCCAUGUUUUCGCGUUUUUGAUAAUCAUUCAUGGUAGUGCGACUAAUUCCUAAAGAAAGGUGAACGUGAAAGCUGUUGUGUGGUCGUGUUUAGUUCAUAAGCAUGGAUUCGGAAUGUAAUCCGUGGAUCUUCAAGUCAAGGUUACAGGAAAAUGAAGUUAAUUUGCAGCAGCAGUCACUGCUGGAGUAUGAAGAACAAAUGUGUCAAUGCCAGACCCUGAGACGACAGGUAGAAGAUCUCCAGAAAAGAAUUGAGGAGAAGGACAACAAACUCACUGAGGCGAACAAGGUGAUCAGAGCACUGAGGGAUGAGGUGCAGACACUGCAGCAACAGCUGGAGCAGCACAGACGGAACAACCGUGAUGACAAAAUUGGACAGAGACGUCAGCAAGGUCGGCGUGCAAGAGUAAAUGACAUCACUGCAUUGGGUUGUGAGAUCCCACCAAACGUCUUCCUGUCCUGCACGUCUGGAGAUGAUCCAACAGACACGCCGACAUCACCACAGGAACUGACAUCACCACAGGAACCGGAGGAUGACUCAGCGGAUUUUCCAGCAUCUCCUGCUUAUGAUGAUGAUGAUGCACUGACAUCACCACGGCAACUGAAACUGCCUGUGCUGUCAGUGAAGCUAGAAGACUGCCGUGAAAUGCUGGGGCCUGACGAAAUUUGUAAUAUUCAACUGAUGGAGGACGUCAGCGAUGAGGGUGACAACAACGAUGACGGCUACAAAGGUUAUCAGGACGACGACAGUGACUUUGACCCAACAGAUCCCAGCUUUGAUGAGCCUGCACCUGCGAGGGAACAGAAGAGGCAGAGCAGAGGAGUCGGGAAAGUCAAGAAAGCCAAAUCCAAAAAGUAUCACUAUGACAAACGUUUCGCAUGCACAGAAUGCGAAAUGAUAUGUAGAUUUCCAAGCCGGCUGGCUCGUCACCAAAGAGUGCACGCCAAAGAGAAAAAGCGUGCCACUGCAUGUGAAAGCGCAUCUGCUGAAUCUCCACACGAAAGUGCGUCCACCGACUCGCCCAACGCUGAGUGUCAACAGGAAAAGGACGAAGACUCGACGUCUCAAAAGCCUUCUGGGGAGUGUGAUGUCUGUGGCAUGAUUCUUGCUUCCACAACAAGUCUCAAAGUUCACAAAAGACUUCACACAGGUGAAAUGCCAUACGCCUGCAAAGUUUGCGACAAAACUUUCAGGCAGUUAGGUGGACUCCUUGCACACCGGAAACACCAUCCACAGGAGACAGGUGAAAAGACAAGUGAAAAACCCAUCAAGACAGCUGAAAAGCCUGUCAAGACACGUGCAAAGGGCAUCAUGAAAAAAAAGAAAAAGAAGGGCGUAGGGCUCAAGUGCUCACUUUGCCCCAAGGAAUUCCACAGUUCAGUACUCUUAGACAGACAUUUUAGAAUACAUUCAGGAGAGAAACCCUAUCUUUGUAGCCAGUGCCCCAAGAGAUUCAGCACUGGUUCUGGUCGGAAAAGUCACGAAAUAUUCGCCCAUACAGACGAGAAACCUUUCGAGUGUCUGGUGUGUAACAUGACAUUCAAAACGAAACCUUGCCUUAAAUCUCACGAGUUAAUGCACUCUGGACUGAAGCCAUUUACCUGCACGUACUGCAACAAGGCUUUUGCACAUAAAACCAAGCUAAAGAUACACAUAAGAAGACACACAGGAGAGAAGCCCCACAAGUGCUCGUUCUGCGACGCUAGUUUCGUCAAAAACUGUGAUCUCACAACACACCUACGUCGACACACAGGCGAGAGGCCUUACCUUUGCUCUAUUUGUGGGAAGACUUUCAGUUACGGUCACAUACUGAAGACCCACCAGAGAAUUCACACUGGAGAAAAACCCCACCAGUGCACCAUCUGUGGGGAGAAAUUCGCCUACCCACAGCCCCUGCAGGCACACGAGAAGAAAGUGCACAAAAUUGUUUCCCACGAGUGUCGAGAGUGUGGGAAGAGCUUUAAAUCAGACCGAGGAUUAAAAUAUCAUGACUGCAUUAAAGGUCCAAAUAGCACUCCAGUGAAUGAUGACAAUGGGAUUCGUGCAGCAAAGUGCACUGAGGGAAUUGAAGCAGCAAAGUGCAUUGAGGGGGCUGAAGUAGCCCAGAACAUUGAGACAGUGGAAGCAGCAAGGUACAUCCCAGACAUGGAGAUGUAUGAUGAAGAAAUGACCUGAACUUAGUAUUGCUUCAACAUUGCAGCCCUCCCCCUGUAGUGAGUCUCCAGUUGAAUAAACAGUGUGAAAAGGGA